GCUUGGCCGGCUGCAGCCCGGCGCCCCGCGCGCCGCGGCUCGGGAGUGGAUGGCAGCACCCCUGUGCGGCCGCGGGGCCGAGCGCCGCCAGUCGCCGCCGCCGCUGCCCGGCGAGCGCCCAGGAUGAGGGGGGAGCGGGGCGACCGCGGCCGCGCCAGGGACGGGGGCGCGCAGCAGCCUCCGCUCGCCCGCCUCUGCUGACCUGCCUCGCUUGCCCCCAAAGAAUGUCAGCCAAGUCCAAGGGGACCCCCUCCUCGUCCUCUGCAGCCGAGGGACCGCCGGCAGCCUCCAAAACCAAGGUGAAGGAACAGAUCAAGAUCAUCGUGGAGGACCUGGAAUUAGUCCUGGGCGACCUGAAGGACGUGGCCAAGGAACUUAAGGAGGUGGUUGACCAGAUUGACACCCUGACCUCCGACCUACAGCUGGAGGAUGAGAUGACUGACAGCUCCAAAACGGACACCCUCAACAGUAGCUCGAGUGGCACUACAGCAUCCAGCAUAGAGAAGCUCAAAGUGCAGGCCAAUGCGCCUCUCAUCAAAGCGCCGGCCCACCCCUCUGCUAUCCUCACAGUCUUGAGAAAGCCCAACCCACCACCACCGCCGCCGCGGUUGACCCCAGUGAAGUGUGAAGACCCCCAAAGGGGGGUGCCCCCCACCAAUCCCCUAAAGACCAACGGCACCCUUCUGCGCAAUGGAGGCUUACCAGGACCUCCCAGCAAAAUUUCAAACGGAGACCUCUGCUGCCAGGCCAGCAAAAACUCGGACAAGGCUCCGGGGCCACCUCUGAUGCAUAGACCUGAGAAAGACAGGUGUCCACAGGCCGGGCCGAGGGAGCGUGUGCGCUUCAGUGAGAAAGUGCAGUACCACGGCUAUUGCCCCGACUGUGACCCCCGCUACCACAUCCAAAGCAGGGAGGUGCACUUCCACAGCGAACCUAGCCACGGCCUGGGCAAGCCUCCACCCCCAGGACCUCCCCUCCCGCCGCCACCCCAUCUCCCUCCUUUCCCACUAGAAAAUGGGGGGCUGGGCAUAAGCCACAGCACCAGCUUCCCCCCACUCAGACUUGCAACUGUGCCUCCUUCCACUGCACCAAAACCACAGAAGACCAUCUUGAGAAAGUCCACUACCACAACAGUGUGACGUCUGCCAUUGACAAAAGCAAACUUUUUGUUGUUUUCUUUUCUUUUCUAUAUUAUAAACGUAAAAUUAUAAGUAAUGAGCACUUUCUGCACAAGCAAUAAAAAGCCCAAAUAUAUAAAUCCUGCAUUCAGCAAAGUGGCAUAAAAAUUACUUGGUAAGUAUGCAGUAUGUUGUUUAUAUCUGGGUAGAAGUUAUUUUAAAAUGGUACCACUGAAAACCACAAAAUAAUGAAAAAGAUGCAUAUAUAUAUUUACAUAUAUGUGCAAAUUAAAAAAAAACUGACCCAUCACAAACUGUGACCUAUAGAUUUCAAAUAUUUUUAUUAGCUAUCAGAGAUGGAACUGAUUCAUUUUAUUCAUCCCAAACUAAUCUAUUAAUAAUUUCCUAUGCUUAGCUUUGAAAAAUGCCUUUUGGAAUAAGAAAUUUUAAUACCAAUUAUUUUUUUCUGGAGCUGUUUUUCACUAGUUUUUUAUUAUUAAAUGUGGAGAAUACAGAUAAGUUUAUAUUUAAUGCUAAACAGUUAAUCUGUGUUCCGCCUUAUAUGCAAUGAAAGAUGUUGGUCUAUGAUGGAAUGUUCUAUCUUUUAUCAAUAAACAAUUGUAAAUAAUGGCAAAAGCAAAAAGUACCUCAAAAUCCCAAUGAAGCAGCAGUCCUUUGAUCCCAUCGUCAUAUUAUCACAAAGGGA